UCACCACCAGGACAGCGCAGCCGUCGUCUAGCGAACACUCCAAACGCCCCGAGACAAACUCAAACUUCACCGCACAGCCAUUGGUUAACACUACCCCUACCACGUGACCUAAACGAAUCAAUCAGCCGUCGCUAAGGGCCGAACAGGAAUUUAAAACGCUCUGUUUUGUAACAGCUUUAUUGACAACUAAAACAAGAACAGUUAUGAGGCAACAGUCGCACAUUCAGCGGAUGUUUGUGUAAACACGUCAUGAUGGAACAAAGGAAAACAAUACAGUCACCGUUCUAGUCAGUAUAGAAAAUAGAAUGUCGUGCGGGAGGACACGAGGUGAGGCUGUGACAGACAGGCCGGUUGUGGACGCCUUGAAGCUCUUAUUGUGGUACACUGUGAAGGAAGAAUGAAAGAAAGGUGGCCUAUAGGAUGCUGAAGUGCUGCAAGUGGCUGUAUGAUGGAGGGGAAUGAGAAGGUGAACCUUUGUAGCAAGUCUGUUGGUUGGCUUCAGAGACAAGAUAAGGAUGCUGAGCCCUGGUUAUGGAAACUCUCAAAUUGCUUCUCGGCUGUUGAUCAGGCAUUACCUGCUGCUGGAGAGACUCCGAAUGACAACAUGGCGUCCCCUAGACCUACUGUGGAUUUGAAAGAUAUACCACCUCCCCCACCCCCACUCCAACCUCGCACAGCUAGCUUUCCACUCUCCAAAAUCCAACCUCCUCCCAUAAAGCCAAUCCAUCUUCAGAUUGGAUCCAAAGUAAGCUGUUGUGCACUUUGUUCUAAUAGCACCUCUUGCACAUCUGAUAUUCGUUUCAAUGGGAGUGGUUUUAUUCAUACUAAACCUAUUCUGGACAACAAUGUCACUGGCACAAUUACCUGUCAGGUAGCCCCAGGUCUACCUUUACCUCCUGAAAGUCCAUACAAAAAUGUGGCUGCAUCAGGGCCGUGCAGCAGCCACACACCCAACUGCUCGAAUGUGUGUUUGGAAAAACGUCUGUCUCCCUGCCACCUUCACCACCCUCAUGCCGUUCCUUGCUGUACGAAUGUGCGUUUAAACCAGUUUCACGGUGACCUUCACAAAUUUCAGCUUCCAUCUUUUGGGACUUCUCCUGGAUACUAUCCUUACACAGACUUCUCUAAUGGGCCUACACUACGUCUAAAAGAACAUCUUGCACAGUCUGAAAUGUUAUCACGUCUUUGCACAAGUUCUCUUCAUUUGAACACAGCACCUUCUGUAUUUCUCAAAGGCUCUUCCUUUUGCGAUGUCUGCUUGGAAAAGCCCACAGGCAAUGGUGUAGCUGAUGCAAAUAAAAUGUGGCCCAAUAUUCCACUACCAAAUACCCAGACUGCUGCUCUUCCUGUAUGCAAUGGCUGUGGAACACAAGAAAAUGUGAAGAAAACAACAAUUCUACUUGCUAAGAAUUUCUGUAAAGCAUCACAAAAAUAUGGAUCCUCAGAGUUGUCACUUGCUGGACAGAUGCAGGAAAAUCUGCCACCUAUUGGUGUAUUUUGGGACAUAGAAAACUGUUCUGUUCCCUGUGGCCGAUCAGCAGUCAGUGUAGUAAAGCGGAUUCGUGAGCGGCUUUUUAAAGGUCACAGAGAAGCAGAGUUUAUCUGUGUAUGUGAUAUCAGUAAAGAAAACAAAGAAGUGAUUGAGGAACUUAACAAUUGUCAGGUAACUGUUGCCCACAUUAAUGCCACAGCGAAGAAUGCUGCAGAUGACAAACUUAGACAGAGUUUGAGAAGAUUUGCAGACACUCACACAUCUCCAGCAACUGUGGUUUUGGUUUCCACUGAUGUUAACUUUGCUCUGGAAAUAAGUGACCUGCGGCAUCGCCACGGUUUCCAUAUCAUAAUUGUGCACAAGAACCAAGCCUCUGAAGCAUUGCUUCACCAUGCACAUGAGCUCAUUCCUUUUGAAGAGUUUAUUACAGACCUUCCUCCCAGGCUUCCUUUAAAACCACAGCAGUGCCAUACUCUGUUAUAUGUAUAUAACUUGCCAACAAACAGAGAUGCAAAAAGUAUCAGUAACCGCCUCCGGCGCCUUUCUGAUAACUGCGGAGGAAAAGUGAUGAGUUUAUCAGGCAACAGUGCUAUACUCCGCUUUAUCAAUCAAGAGAGCGCAGAGCGAGCUCAGAAACGCAUGGAGAACGAGGAUGUGUUUGGUAACCGGAUCACAGUUUCUUUUGCACCUAAAAAUCGAGAAGUAACGGAAGCAAAAAAUUCUAGCUGCACCAAUGGGGACAAAUCGAAGUCUCCCAAAAAAGUUAACAAGAACACAAAGCUGUGCCUCACUGCUAAAGAUCAGCAUGAUCCACCAUUAAAUGUCAAAGGUUCUGCAAACAAGGCAAAUCAUGGCUCGAACAAAAGCUCAAUUGUCAAAAGUUUGCAGGAGCUGUGCCAAAUGCAGUCUAAGGCAUCUAACCGGACAAAUGGAAAUCCACAAGAUAAAGAGAGAAAGAAAAAUGGAGAUAAAUUAAAUUCUUUGUGUCAGAGUGGUAAUUCUCUUUCCAGCCAUGUGUCAGUGACAACAAAAAGUGUUGGAACAGAAGAGAAAACCGUUAAAACUAGGCGGGAGGUCCCAGGCAUUGGAACUAUUUCUGAGACUUCUGUGGAGAAACCAGAGAGGGAGGAAACCUCUUUUCAAAUAAGUAAUCCAUCUGCUUUCAGCAAAUUGGCAGGAUCAAGGCAACAUAGUCCUGUUAGAUCUCAAAGUGGCUGGUCUUCAGGGAAUUUGUCCCCAAAUCUAUCCAACUGCUCAUCUCCCUUGCUGACUACUCAGACUGGUACUGCUGAUCCAUUUGCUAAUGGUGCUGAAAUUCAGAUUGGAAAUCUGGAUUAUAGGAGGUCCAGGAAGGAGCUUCUGCAAACUUUGCGUGACAUAUUUUCCAGACAUGGGAAGUUAAAACAUGUGGAGCUCAGCCCUCAUACAGACUAUCAGUUAAAGGCGACAGUACAGAUGGAGAAUCUCCAGGAAGCAAUCUGUGCGGUUAACAGUUUACAUAGAUACAAGAUUGGAAGCAAGAGAAUUCAGGUGUCGUUGGCCACAGGGGCGCCCAAUAAAUCCCUCUCGCUGCUAAGCUUUGGAGCGAUUUCCAUCCUGCAAGAUGCUCCUGCUUGCUGCUUACCUUUAUUUAAGUUUACAGAAAUCUAUGAGAAAAAGUUUGGACACAAGUUGAUUGUGUCAGAUCUCUACAGAUUAACAGACACUGUUACCAUUCGUGACCAGGGAAAUGGUAGAUUGGUGUGUCUUUUGCCAAGCUUUCAGGCAAGACAAAGUCCACUAGGGUCUUCACAGUCACAUGAUGGUUCCUCAGCAACCUGUAGUCCUGUGGUAUUUGAAGAGCUGGAAUAUCAUGAUCCUGUCUGCAUACAGCACUGCACCAAUAAGAAACUCUGCAGGCAUGAUUUUGAUCCAGAUACUUACAUAAUCCCAUAUGUCAUCCAGUCUUUGAAAAUCUUUGCCCCUCAAGUUCAUAGCCUCCUGCAGUCUCAUGAAGGCACAGUUUCCCUAUUAAGCUUCCUUGACUGCUAUGCUGCAGAGUUCAAUGCCAUGCAUAUAGUGGAGGAAGGACAAGGAGGAGUGCCACUGGAGCAUCUGAUCACUUGUGUGCCAGGUGUUAAUAUUGCCACUGCACAAAAUGGCGUUAAGGUUGUAAAGUGGAUACACAACAAACCUCCACCUCCAAAUACUGAUCCCUGGAUGUUGAGGUCCAAAAGUCCUGUUGGCAAUCCUCAGCUGAUACAAUUCAGCCGAGAGGUCAUUGAUCUGCUAAAAAAUCAACCAUAUUGCAUAAUGCCAGUCUCUAAAUUUAUCCCAACAUAUCAUCAUCAUUUUGCUAAGCAGUGCAGAGUGUCUGAUUAUGGCUACUCCAAACUGAUGGAACUUUUAGAGGCUGUGCCACAUGUUCUACAGAUCCUUGGUAUGGGCUCAAAACGCUUCUUGACCCUUACUCACAGAGCACAGGUGAAGCGGUUUACACAAGAUCUUUUAAAGCUCCUGAAGUCCCAGGCCAGUAAACAGGUCAUUGUAAGAGAGUUCUUACAAGCUUAUCAUUGGUGCUUUUCAAGAGACUGGGAGGUGACAGAAUAUGGAGUGUGCGAGUUGGUUGACAUAGUAUCAGAGAUACCUGAUACCACAAUAUGCGUUUCUCAGCAAGAAAAUGAGAUUGUGAUCUCAAUUCCCAAACGAGAACGUACCCCAGAUGAGAUCGAAAGGACAAAGCAGUUUUCAAAGGAAGUGGUAGACUUGUUGCGUCACCAGCCUCAUUUCAGAAUGCCAUUUAAUAAGUUUAUUCCGUCCUAUCACCACCAUUUUGGCAGACAGUGUAAACUUACAUAUUACGGGUUUACCAAAUUGAUUGACCUCUUUGAAGCCAUACCAGAUGUCUUACAGAUAAUAGACACUUCUUCUGGAAAGCAGAUUCAGCUGAUAAACAGAAAGUCACUGCGUUCCUUAACUGCACAGCUCCUAAUUCUGCUCAUGUCAUGGGAUGACUUGUCUUUACUUACUGUUAACCAGCUGCGUUAUAUAUAUGAAGGUAUCCAUGGAGUCCCGCUUAAUCCAUGUGAAUAUGGAUUUGUGUCCUUGACCGAAUUAUUAAAAAGCCUUCCCUAUUUGGUUGAGGUGCAAACAAAUGACCUAAAUGAAGACUGCCUGCAGUUGACAUCCCUUUAUUUGUUUGCAAAGAAUGUUCGAUCAUUGCUGCAUACUUACCACUACCAGCAGAUCUUCCUACAUGAAUUUUCAAGUGCGUACAGCAAGUAUGUUGGGGAAGUCUUGCAGUCCAAGCAAUACGGCUAUAACAGCCUGGAGGAGCUAUUGGGUGCAAUUCCACAGGUUGUAUGGAUUAAGGGGCAUGGACAUAAGAGAAUUGUAGUGCUGAAAAAUGACAUGAAGAAUGACAUGAAGGUUUGUCAUAAGACCGAAAAAGAACUCCUGUGCCUCGCUUCACCUAUCGAUCUCUUGUGUGGCCCUGUUCCUUCAUGCCUUCCAUCUCCACAGUUGCAUCCUGAUCCAGUUGUUCAGGAGUUUGGAGACCUCAUACAGUUUGAAGAACAUUUCUCUGGCUUGCUGAAUUAUGAAUGCCACAACACACAGUCUAACCACUCACUUUUGGGUGAGAAAGCACUUUCUAACUGUGUAGAAAAGACUGCAGAGCCUUCUUCUCCUGACCCAUCAGAGUUAAAGAUUUCAAAGGAAAUACUGGAAAGCCCAGUCAAGAAACAAAGUAGAAACAGAGUCAGAUUAGCUGCAAACUUCUCAUUUGCACCUGUAACAAAAUUGUAAGAUGAUUUUUUUCUUUUCUUUAUGGCUGCACUAGGGCACACAGGGUUCCAGCUCCUUGUUAAUCUUUAUCAAGCCGUGUGCCCUUUAAGGACCAUAUUACUCUUGGUCCUAUACCUUUAUAGUAUGCUGCUUCAAAAGCUUUUAUUUUUGGACAUUGGUAGUAUGAUUUUGAGACCUUGUUGUAUAGGUUUCAUCAGAAGAAUAGUGGAAAAUGUUUUUUGUGAAACAAUUAAUUCACUUUUAUUUCGUCAAAGCCUCAUCAUAAGUAUAAUCCCACAUCUUAGGUGUUACUUUGUAUAGCAGACUGUUUUUACAUCGGUUUCUUACAUCAGUAUUAUUUUUCAGGCAUGGUCUAUCCUCUGUGUCCGUGACAAUCUUACACGUGGCUUCCCCUCCUCUCAAUUUUUUUGGCACUGAAAUAACUAAACAGCUUGAGGAUGUAGGGUUGACUAUGUUCAGGCAAUAGCAUUUAGCUCUUCAAUUUUCUAUUUAUUGACUUCAUUUAUGUCAAGGGCUGUUUCAGGUGACUUGUGAGGACUGCAUAUAUAUCUUUGGGGACGUUUAAAAGGUAGUUAUACAACUGGAAAAAUUAGUGUCAACUUUUGUUUUGCACUGAAGAACUCCCAUGUUCAGCCUUGUGGCCCAGCUUUCCUUUUAUUUCCAGUGUAAUCCACAGAUGAGUUUCAAAAAGUCAAAUGUGCUUUCAUUUGAUUUGUAUUGACUGGGGAAAUGUAGCCUUAACCAUGUCUUGGGAAGGAUGUAAUGUUCUGCAUAAGUAGGUUUCUGGUUUCUUUAUACAUUAUUAUGCAUCAAAUGCAUAAAUCAUGGAAGAAGGGGCAAUUGCAGAUGUAGCAGUCAACUUCAGUAGAUGGUACUAUUUUCACUGAAAUAGCAGGAUUGCCUACAAGUGGAAAUGUCAAGGUUUUCUCUGUGAACCUUGAUUUGGCUUAAAUUUCUUUUAAGACUUGGCAAAUGCGGGGGCAGAGAUGGUUUGAUGAAAUGGCAUAUUUGUCUUUUUAACUGUCUGUAGAUGUUUUUAUUACAAUUAGGUUUUGGAAACCUUGAGUUUUGGAGAACUUGCUGGGUGGCUUUUGAGAGAGGCCACACUUUCAGUAAAGCCAGUGGACUUUGUUUGACUGCAUAGUGUCAGAAGGCAUAAGAAUCCUUCUAGGCUAACCUGGCUUUUACAAUGGGUUGUAUUUGCCAGGCGAGAGAUGGUUCCUUGUAGAACCUUCCACUAAAGGUUCUACCUUUUUGUUUUGUGUUGGGUUCUUUGCAAUACACUUGAAGAUGGAAGGAUCCAUAGCCAUCUAACUUAAAGUACUUUUACAUAAUGGCUAUUAAGUUGUUUUACCUUCUAUAUUUUGCACAAGAAUCUUUUAAAUGUGGCCACUUCCAACUGAAAGUUGUAGCUACUGUGUAGGUGUAAGAAUUGUGUCUGUGUGUAUAUGUUGUAUUGUUUUCUGCUUCUGCACUUCUAAGCUUGAGUCCUAGCCAAGGCAGUUCCUCUAGUAAUGGUGGUGGGUUCAGAAUAUGAAGUCCAGAAUAAGAUUCUUUCUUUUUUUUAAAGUCUGCUUUUAAAUAAAGUUCUGGUUGUGUAACCAUUCAGUGUAACCUUAUGCAUGAAUUAAGUUUUUCAUAAGGUGGAUGGAAAACAAGGUUUCCAAUUGCUGUGAGUAUCAGUUAUCGUUUCAUAGCAUGUAACUACAAGUCGCCUGAAACACUCUGUGGGAACUCAAUGUCAUUCUACAGGGUAAUCCAAAAGCUCUUUGCAGCAUAGAGGUUAUUAUACUUGUGAUAACAGCUAUGAAUUUUAGUUUCCCUCCGAGAAUUCUUUAUAUAUGGCCAUCUUAAUAAAAAAAAAUCAACUUCAGUACGGAUGGUAACGUGCCUUCCUACACAUUGGACAUUGUCUAGUAUUUAAUUUUUAAACUCCUAUCAAAGAAUUCCUUAUGAUGCUGGUGUAAUCCUUUAUUUGGAAGAAUAAAUGUUUAAUUUGCAAAUUAAAUAGAGUAACCACUUUUUGUGGAGGCUUUUGAAGCUGUCUGGGAUUAAAAUUAUGCACUGUUAGUUCUAACUUUUUUCAUUUUUUUUUUCUUUCAAUUUUUUAGUCUCCAAUACGUCAUUUUGUGUUUUGGGACCAAAUUCUUGUGUGUCAAUAAACUAUUUGCAAG